AUGACGUCAGGCGGUGAGAAGACCGGUGAGAGGCCAGAAAAUCUGGGGUUACGCAGGACGUUAUUGGAACCAGAUCUGACGAACACACGUACGACACUCUAUGGAAAUUGUUUCUUAAUAUGCACGUAUAAUGCCAGAACACUCUCCACAGACGCCGAUCUUCACGCCCUUCUUGUAGCCGCAGAUCGCAUUAAAUCAUGUGAUCGCAUUAGAAGAAACAAAAGCCAAGAAGACCGACAUACGUCAACUAAACAACGGGACCCUUACGAUUCAUGGAGAAAAGGUCCCGUCACGAAAUGUUGGUGGCGUAGGCUUUGUAGUCCAACCGUCCAUUGUCCAUCUCGUCGACUCAUACGUGACCCUUUCCCUCGCAUAUCCGUCCUUCAUCUUCAAGUGAUGCGUCAUAAGAAGAUCACAAUCAUCAACUGCUACUCAUCGACCGACGCAGCUGAUGAGUGCGAAUUAAAUGCGUUCUACCAUCGUUUAGAAGAAGUCACCCGCAAUGAUAAAGCAUAUCAUAAAUUUGUUGUUGGAGAUUUCAACGCCAGAAUAGGAAUGGCUAACGAGAGCGAAUACAGGAUCCGAAAUUUUGAAUUAGGAGAAAGAAAUGAGAAUGGGAACCGUUUCGCUGAACUCCUAUCAGCAGCACGUCUCUUCCAUGGGAACUCGUUCUUCCAGAAGAAAGAAAGCCUCUGCUGGACAUGGGAGUCUCCCAACGACAUGACUCAUGCGGAGAUCGACCACACCCUGAGAAAUAGAAGAUGGCGCCUAGUUGACACAUCGGUAGUCCCGUCAUUCUGUACUGGUUCCGAACACCGCCUUCGUGUUCGAUUCAGCCGUAAGCUGGAGAAAAUUCACUUAAUCGAUUACGAGGAAGAACUCUAG